UAUUGUAGGAAUGCAGACGAUGCAAAUUGUCCCCGCGCGGCCAUACUGUUAGGUGAUGGAGAAGGUUACUGUAGACGUGCUCAUAGAAAGCAAGGAACAAGACUCUGCAAAACAAGACUUCAAAGAUGAAAUUGAUGUUAAAGCUCUGGAUGAUACUGAACUACGGAAGCAGCUCUGUAUAUAUGGAAUUUGCCCUGGACCAAUAUUACCUUCUACAAGGACCACUUACGAGAAGAAGUUGAUGCAGUUGAUGCAGCAAUGCCCAACUGUAGCAGCUGAGGAGAAGAGCAGGCUUGAUGAUUCUGAACUAGAAAACGAUGGUGGAAAAGGACAAACCACUGAAGUAGUCCUCCAAACAAACAACCUCAAAGUGACAGCUGAAUGUGCCUCUGGGCUUGAUAAUAAGUCGGCUAUAGAUGUAGUAGAACGCCAGAAGAAACUCUUGUCACCUGAUGUUGAACACAGUUUAGCCAGAAUAGUGGCAGAACUACAGGAAAUCCUCCCAGAGGGCAAAGUGGCACUGCAACGAUCACAAGGACUAAGGAGGAAAGCUGCUGGCAGUCCUGAAAGCAAUUGCAGAAAAAAGAGAAGUGAUUCACCACACAUAGACUACGGUUACCCUGAUGCUAACAGUGUAGGACAAAGUACUAGAAGAAAAACUGUAAGAGAGGAUUGUCCAGUGAAACAAAGUCCUGAAAUCAAAUGCCAGGUGGCGCCUGUGAACCAACGAGAAGGACGUAUACCAACCCGUGUCAAGAUUGCUGUGUUUGCUAUUUUCCUUUUCCUUCUCUUUGUGUUUGUAACUAUGGAAACUAAUCUAGAGAAUCCAUUUGCGAGCUUCAUCAUGGGCAAAUGAGUAUAUCCCAUCUUUUAGAGAUGGAAUUGCAAGACCAAAGAAGGUGGUUCUGUCUGUUUAACUGGUUAUGAAUAAGUGAUUUGGUUAGCUAAUUA